AGUACUUGAUCAUGCAUGCUAUGAAGAUAGCGUUCCAACAGUAUCAAGUUGAAAUAAUGAACAAAAAGUUUUACGUUCCAGCAACAAAUUGAAUAUGUUCAGUAGUAGUUGGAGUGAUUGAUCUAUGAUUGGAGUCGAAGAAAAAUUAUUUAGAAUAAAUGUUGGAGCAUAUGAAUCCACGCAUUUAAACGUGUAUCGUGUAUCUUAUUUGGUUGUAAUUUUUUUUAAGGUGGAGAUAGAGUAUUUAGUCAGUAUUGGAGAUGAAAGUGAAUAGUCGGUGAAACUAUAUAAAAACAAAAAUGAUCAUUUUUCUAUAGCCGAACGCAGUAAAUAUUUAGAGAUGGAUGUCAAAUUAUUACCGAAUGUUCCUAUUGAUCAAAAGCUUUGGCGCAAAUUUUCAUUUAUUGAAUUAAUUUUUUUUUUUCGAUAUAUGAUAGUUUUUUUGUAAAUAUCUGCAAUGUUUUUUUUUGGUUGGUUAUUUCGAGCUGAAAUUGAUAUAAAUUAAAAUAAAUGCAUCUAAAUGUUCUUGAUUUUAGGUCUUCUCUGUUUCAAAAUUAGUUUUUUUUGAUAGUUUUUAAAAGAAAGAUAAAUUUUUACGUUCCGACUUUUCUUUAAGUCUUUAUCAAAAUAUGAUAUUGACAAUGACAAUUUGCUUAUUUAUAUUGAUCUAUAGAUCACCUUCAUCAUGAAUAUCAAAAUAAGGAUAAAAUCAACUUAGAACUUUGUACCAAUAAGAAAAAAUAAUUUUUCCUUGGUUCACACAUCUCAAAUAUAUUAAACUUAUUAGAAUUCACAAAAUAGGGCUAUAAAUUUUACUUAAAUUAUCUAGAUAUUUCUUAUCAUUUAUAACUUUUUCUUAAUAUAUUGAAGAAAUUAAAAUAAAUAUGUAUUAUCAUCAGCUGCAGGUCCGUCAAAGCUAUAUACAUAAUAUAAUUAGAAAACGGCUGAAGUGCAAAAGCUACGAGGUUUUUUUGUAAAAAUAUUUUUAAAAAUCCAAAAUGCAAGGAGUAUAUAAUUAUUUACCCAACUAAAAACGGAUCCAUGAGACCAUGUGGUCGCCAGAAAUUUAUAUUUUUUCGGAAUCGUACCAUCAGAAAGUAGACAUUAGGUAUAUAUUAUUCCUACGAUACUCAAAUCGUUUACGAUAAAUAAAAACCCGAACCAGUUAGAAAUCAAGCAUGCGCGUAUUAAACCGAAUAAGUCGUGAAACAUCUAAAUAUGGGUGAUCUGCAUAAGCGUUUAUAUAUAACAUAUUGAAACUGACCUAUUACUUUGUGAGAAAUAUAUACCUUCAUUUUUAUAAUGGGAAGAAGGAAUAGCAUUCCAAAAGGAUGGCUACACUGUCCCCAAAAUGGUAAACGCCUCAUUGCAGACAUUUUUAUGCCUUUGAAAACACCUUUAUCUCGUAGAUACAACGUUUCUCCUAAAGAUGAGUACCCCAUACAAGAAAUUUUCAAAAGAGCCAAAUAUAAUAAGGUUCACAUUGGUCUCUGGAUAGAUUUAACAAACACAGAUAGAUAUUACAACAAAGAAGAUAUUGAACAUAUGGAUUGUCAGUAUGUGAAAUUAAGUUGCCCUGGACAUGGUGAAUGUCCUUCUAAAAACAUUACAAAUGAAUUUAUCUCUAUAUGUCAUCAAUUUCAUAAUAAGAGACCUGAUGACUGUAUAGCAGUACAUUGUACACAUGGUUAUAACCGAACAGGAUUUUUAAUAGCUUCAUAUUUAGUAGUGAAACUUAACUAUGAUGUUAAGUUUGCUGUGAAAGAAUUUGCAUAUUCAAGGCCGCCUGGAAUAUAUCGAGAAAACUAUAUAUUAGAACUGUUUAGACGAUAUGGUAAAGUUUCUAAAGCACUACCGCCUCCACCUUUACCACACUGGUGUGACCGAUAAAGUGUAACUGAUUUCAUUGUACAUGUACAAUUGGGAGUCCAGCUAAUAAUGUUUGGAAUUGAUCAAAGAAAUAAAAAUAUGCGUAAUUCA